AUGAAAUUUCCAAUCGAGACUCCAAGAAAACAGGUGAACUGGGAUCCUAAAGUGGCCGUUCCUGCAGCAGCGCCCCCGGUGUGCCAGCCCAAGGGCACCACUGACGGGCAUUACGCGGCCCCACGCCUCUCCAUCUCCUCCCGAGCCACGGUGGUAGCCAGAAUGGAAGGUGCCUCCCAGGGGGCCCUGCAGACCGUCAUGAAGUGUAAAACAGUGGUUGCCAUCUUCGUGGUCGUGGUGGUCUACCUCGUCACGGGCGGUCUCGUCUUCCGGGCAUUGGAACAGCCCUUUGAGAGCAGCCAAAAGAACACUAUUGCCAUGGAGAAGGCAGAAUUCCUGCGGGAUCAUGUCUGUGUGAGCCCACAGGAGCUGGAGACAUUGAUUCAGCAUGCUCUUGACGCUGACAACGCAGGAGUAAGCCCCAUAGGAAACUCUUCUAACAACAGCAGUCACUGGGACCUCGGAAGUGCCUUUUUCUUUGCUGGAACUGUCAUCACCACCAUAGGGUAUGGGAAUAUUGCUCCAAGCACUGAAGGAGGCAAAAUCUUUUGCAUUUUAUAUGCCAUCUUUGGAAUUCCACUUUUUGGUUUCUUAUUGGCUGGAAUUGGAGACCAACUGGGAACCAUUUUUGGGAAGAGCAUUGCAAGAGUGGAGAAGGUCUUUCGAAAAAAGCAAGUGAGUCAGACCAAGAUCCGGGUCAUCUCGACCAUCCUGUUCAUCUUGGCCGGCUGUGUUGUGUUUGUGACAAUCCCCGCUGUCAUUUUCAAAUACAUUGAGGGGUGGACGGCCCUGGAGUCCAUUUACUUUGUGGUGGUCACUCUCACCACGGUUGGCUUUGGUGAUUUUGUGGCAGGGGGAAACGCUGGCAUCAAUUACCGGGAGUGGUAUAAGCCCCUAGUGUGGUUUUGGAUCCUUGUUGGCCUUGCCUACUUUGCAGCUGUCCUCAGUAUGAUCGGAGAUUGGCUACGGGUUCUGUCCAAAAAGACAAAAGAAGAGGUGGGUGAAAUCAAGGCGCACGCGGCCGAGUGGAAGGCCAACGUGACGGCGGAGUUCCGGGAGACGCGGCGGCGGCUGAGCGUGGAGAUCCACGACAAGCUGCAGCGGGCGGCCACCCUCCGCAGCAUGGAGCGCCGGCGCCUGGGCCUGGACCAGAGGGCACACUCGCUCGACAUGCUCUCCCCCGAGAAGCGCUCCGUCUUCGCCGCGCUGGACGCGGGCCGCUUCAAGGCCUCGUCCCAGGACAGCAUCAACAACCGGCCCAACAACCUACGCCUGCAGGGGUCCGAGCAGCUCAACAAACACGGGCAGGGAGCCUCUGAGGACAACAUAAUCAACAAGUUCGGGUCCGCCUCCAGGCUCACCAAGAGGAAGAACAAGGACAUCAGAAAGACCUUGCCCGAGGAUGUUCAGAAGAUCUACAGGACCUUCCGGAAUUACUCCCUGGAUGAGGAGAAGAGAGAGGAGGCGGCGGAAAAGGUGUGUAACCCGGACCACUCGAGCACGGCCGUGUUGACUGACUGCAUCCAGCCGCAGGCCGAGAUGGAGAAUGGCGUGGCCCCCACGGACACCAAAGACCAGGAGCGCGAGAACAACGCGUUACUUGAAGGCAGAAACUAA